AACGAGUAGUUUGACUUUCCAAACGUUUUCCCCAACUGGUUUCGUUUGUCAGGAGGAGGAUUUAACAUCGAAUAGAUCGCUUUCUUCUUCAUCUUCGUCGUUAUCCUCCUUCACGGAAAUCUCCCUCUGCCGACUCUUUUGCUGAAUCCGCAGCUCAAUGUAUCCGCCGCAGCCGCCGCUUAUGCUUGUGAACUGCUCCGGCUGCCGCACUCCGCUGCAGCUCCCGCCCGGCGCCCGAUCCAUCCGCUGCGCCAUCUGCAAGGCCGUCACCAAUAUCGCCGACCCCAGGUCCGUGCCUCCACCGUCCCACGCGCAGCCACCGUCCUCCCACGGGCCUCCGCCGUCCUCCCACGGGCCUCCGCCUCCCUCACCGUACAACCACGCGCCCCCGGGGCCUCCGCCGAGCGCGCACGGCCGGAAGCGGGCGGUGAUCUGUGGGAUAUCGUACAGGUUCUCGAGGCACGAGCUCAAGGGAUGCAUUAACGAUGCUAAGUGCAUGAAAUACUUGCUGAUGAACAAGUUCCGCUUCCCUGAGGAAUCUAUUCUAAUGCUGACAGAAGAAGAAACUGAUCCAUACAGAAUUCCAACCAAGCAUAAUAUGAGGAUGGCAUUGUAUUGGCUUGUGCAAGGGUGUCAACCUGGAGAUUCGCUUGUGUUUCAUUACUCAGGUCAUGGUUCACGACAAAGGAAUUACACAGGUGAUGAAGUCGAUGGAUAUGAUGAAACAUUAUGUCCCCUUGACUUUGAAACACAGGGCAUGAUUGUUGAUGAUGAGAUAAAUGCAACGAUUGUUAGACCUCUUCCUUCUGGGGUCAAGCUUCACGCAAUAAUUGAUGCUUGCCAUAGUGGCACUGUCCUAGAUUUACCAUUCCUUUGUAGAAUGAACAGGAGUGGGCAAUAUGUGUGGGAGGACCAUCGCCCUCGGUCAGGCUUAUGGAAAGGAACAAGUGGAGGAGAAGUUAUUUCUUUCAGUGGUUGUGACGAUGAUCAAACCUCAGCAGAUACAUCGGCUUUAUCAAAGAUCACAUCUACUGGUGCCAUGACCUUCUGCUUCAUCCAAGCGAUCGACCGUGGACAGAGUUCUACAUAUGGGAGCAUACUGAAUUCCAUGCGUUCCACAAUUAGAAAUACUGGCUCUGAUAUGGGUAUUGGUGGAGGCGGUGCGGUGACAUCUCUCAUCACCAUGCUUGUUACAGGAGGCAGUCUCAGUGGGGGGCUCAGACAGGAACCGCAGUUAACUUCCUGCCAACCAUUCGAUGUAUAUAUGAGACCAUUUUCCUUGUGAGAGUUCGAUUGGAGUCAUAUAUCAUAUGUUAGAACAUCAUAAAUAUGUUUGGACUUUGGAGACCUCUGGGAAGAUUCAAGACUGUAUUAUAGGAUGACGGUAAUACCCGGGUUUGCAAUUACAGGUGUGGUUUAAGCGGUUUCUAUGCUGAUGAGUUAGCGGUUUUGCCAUCAAUUUUAGAUGAGAUUGGAAAAACUGGAUGUAUAAACAGAAGGAAAGUUAGUCCAGUGAAUUGCAUAAUUUACUACUUUUCUGCUGAA